AUGGACACAAUGGAAGUUGAGAAACAAGUCACAGAUGUUGUAGUGAUGGAGCAAAAACCGCAGAAAGAGGGUGACACUUCAACACUUGGUAGUUAUGUAGUGUCAUCGACUAUACCUACUUCCACUCGUCCUCCAUACGAUUAUACGGAGUAUUUUACAACGGAGACGGUUUUUCCAUCCGAUGAAACAUUGAAUCACACACCUUGGAUGAGGUUUUCAUGUGAAAGGAGCGGUAAGUAUAGGCCAUUUGUGAAGAAGGUUGAUGGGAAGGAGGUAGCUGUGAAGAAGAGAGUGCAGUCCACGGGCACCAAAAAAUGUGAAUACCCAUUUGAAUUGAAAGCUGUAAAGGGCAAUGAUGGUUGGACUAUCUAUAUUCACAAUGGCACUCACAACCAUCCUCCAGUGGUGUACUUGGAGGGCCAUUCGUAUGCCGGGAGGUUGUCAGCAGAGCAGACUAGCACGGUGGUUGAUUUGUCAGUUGCUUUGGUGAAACCCAGAGAAAUCCUAUCCCAUUUGAAGGUUCAAGAUCUUGAGAACAUCAAAACCAUAUACAAUGGACGACAAAAGUACCGAGUGAUAGAGAAACCUGGAAAAUUAAAAUCUAAGUACUGCGAUCACUUUGUAACGGUUCAUUUGCGACCAAAUUCUCCCAUCCCGCCUAUUGCAAGGAAUUGGUAUAUACAUCACUACUCAUUCGCGGAUGGAUGGGAUACACAAUAUUGUGACAAGAUCAAAGAGUUUAAAAACAUAGGGAACGAUGUGGCAACGACGGACAUAAUCGAACUAGACUAG